AUGUCGAUCCCUGUGUUCAAACCAUUCACGCAUUUUGGCGACUGUUAUCUCACAGCUACCGAUGCCUUCUGUGUGGCUACAUAUGGCCACCGAGUCAUCACCACUCCUAACAUGAAGUUCAUUCCUCAACCUUUCGACAACGAAUCCGAUAUAAUUCAAGUGCGGGCAGAUGGCAGAUAUUGGGCCAUGGAUCCUUUUCAGUGGCCACAGAUGUACAAUGACCUGUACGCUCGAAGUUUCGCAAUCCCACGCCGGGAAGCCUAUCUGGACGACGCAAGCAUGACAUAUGCGUGGUUCAGGGCAAAUUUCUCAAGCGACUUCGUGCCCCUGGCUGCGGGUAGUCUUUUUGGUCAGCUCAAGACGGACAUUCUCGGCCAUCUCAAGCGAUUGUACGAGAAGGCCAACAAGUGGGUUAGCAGCUACAAGAUCGCAAGGAUGCAUAAAGAGGAUCAUGUUGUUGGGUGGGUGCAUGUGAUGCAUGCCGUCUAUGAGCACUUCCAGCAAGCUAUGGCCUGGCGCGACAUUGUCAUUGUCGUUGCUGAAUAUCAGCGCCGAUUUCUUGAUAUCUGGGCGGUUCUAGACUUCUACGAAGUAAUCGAGCCCCGCAUGCGAUUCGUCGACACUACCCAUAAGGUUGACCCUAAAUGGAUGGGGUGUUUCACUCAAGACGUCGCUAUCGCCACAAAGGUACAUGCUGCUGGAGUUCCUGUCUGGCUUAUUCGCGAUGCUAGACUCAUCCCCUCAAAUAUGAACAUUGUUAAAGUUGUCUCGUUCACACCACCCGAUGACCUUGUCAUCGGCAUGUAUCAUGAUCCCCUCAAACUCUUUGCUCAGCCCUUCAACAUCAUUGCUAGAGGUCCGAGUAAUUGCCAGCAUCAUGAGGCCGCGCGUCAGCCGUAUUCCAACUUUGAGAAGUUGCCCGCUCCAAAACCUCAAGUUGAAUUGGUCAUGACGGAGUCAUUGGUAGGAAAGGCUCCCGUACACAAAGGGAAGGCGAAAAUGAAAGUAAAGCUUGCGCCGUACAAUAUAACCGCUCCUCGUCAGAACAAAGCUGCAUCUGGCUGCGAUAAAUGGUCUAACAUAGAUCACCCUUACAUGCCACCUAUGAAUUCUUUCUUCAAGAUAGCUUUGGAGGAAGCCAAGAAAGAAUUCCUCCGCAUCAAGCAUCCCAGGGACCAAAUGGACGACGGUUACUCGCUUCCCGAUCCGGGAUUGUUCGUCAAUGUUCUUUCCCCGCAAUCAUUGAUGAAGUACCUUGCCAACUGGCUGGCAUGCCGCCCAACCUGGCUGGAACGUGUCUACGAGGAAAGCCCUCGCCCUCUUCCUCGGGCCCAGAACUGGCGCGAUGUUUUGAUAUCUCAGCACACUCAGGAUCCUUCUAACACUCAGAUAUUUGGUAAGACCAGCAGGUCGAAAGCAACUACUGCUAUGCUCUUUCCAAAGGAAGUCACAGUACUGCGGGCCUUGUGGACAGGACCUACAAAUGUUCAUUGGCGCAAAAAGGACAUAGCUAUCUCCAUGCUCGACAAUCCCCCCGCAGAUCUCGUACGUCAAAUCGUGUACGAAAUCUGUGAGCAAAGCUUCCAAUAUGAACUUCUUGACCUUGAUGAACAUCUUGGGUGCGAUGCACGUAAGGACAAGGAGGCGAGGAAGGAAAGGAUGGAACUUCUUCGUAGUAUUUUCCCAUCAAAGUCAUUGAGAGUUUGGAACAGGGACUUUCCUCAAGAGAAUGACGGACUUAAUGCGCCAUCUUUCGACGCUGCUUUGCCAUACUUUGAAAGUUUCCGUAAGGUGUUGUCAACGUGGGAGCACUUUCCCAAGUCCCUCGAUCAGCCUCUCGAUGCUACCGGACAGCACAAGCUUUAUUCUCAUGUUGAUACUGCCAUCCAGCGACGCAAUCCUACGAUACGAAAACUUGUUUCUUUGUACAAUGGCCUAUGCGCGGACCUUAGUGCUCUCAUCAGACAAUGCUGUAGUCCUCCCAAUGUCAUAGCACCCAACCCUAUCUCUCCUGCUGGUAUUUUCGAUCUUGAUAUUGAUGCUGACAUUUGGCAGGACAUCGGACUCGAUGAUGAUGUGCUGGAACCCCCUGAUUGGUUAGCUGAUGAGGACACUCGCGCUGCAAUCAAACUGGUGCUCGAGAUUGACCGGUGCAACAAGGAAGAGUCUUGUGUGAAGGUUGAGCGCUGUGCUCUGCAAGAGUGGGCCAUUGUUGAGUGGGAUGCUCUACAGAGAGCCCGCGCACAUGCAAGUCAUGAUCAAGUACUUGUCUAUCACAUGGAUCGUCGUGCUCAACAUUUCGUUACCCUUGUACUUGGGUGGCAGAUGAAGGUUCAUCCCAUUCCAUGUGCGUGGCCUAUGCCUGACAGCUGGGGACCGUCACGCACUGAACUUCCUAAUGGGACACACGUGGUGUGCCCUGAUGCUAAUGAUGAUGGAGAUGAUCGAGGGGAGGAUUGA